UCGAUUGUAAAAAAAAUUAUAGUAGUUUCAUUGAUUUUAUACAUUUUUACAAAAAAGAAAAAGUAUUAUGAAAAUAUUUUAUAUGCUUUUGUUACUAUCUACAUUCAUACUGUUCACUGAAUCAAAAUUAAAUUCAAAAAGAAACACUGAUAUAUUAAAAAGUCUCCUUGAAAAUGAUGGAUGGAAUAAUUUAAAAGAUGUGACUUGUAUUGAAUAUUUCAAGAAAUUUUAUUAUUCGGAAAUUUUUUUACAUGAAUAUGAUACUUCUAAAACUGACAAACAAAUUCGCUUAACGACUAUUUACUUAACAUGUUCAUAUGUAAAAGAUUUGAAAAUACUAUAUUUUAUAUUUAAACAAUUUGGACAACAUUGUAAAAGCUUGAUUAACAAUAGAAAUCCAUUAAAAAUUGCAUAUAAUUGUGCUUUAAAGUUAUUGAACAUUUUACAAAAAUUAUCAUUAUUAGCAACAUUAAUGAAAGAAACACUUUAUUUAUUGGACUAUAUGCAUACUAAUCCAUUGAUAAAUAAAAAAAGAUAUAAUUAUUUAAUAGACAAAACAUUAUUAAAUAUAGAAAAAUUUAAUAGCGAUUCAAAAUGCUUUAUUCCUAAGGAAAAUGAUUCAAAAAGCAUAAAAUAUUUUUUAAACUCUAUUUUUUAUUUUUUUACUGUUAUAGAUAAUGACACUAUAAAACAUUAUAAGAACUAUUGCAAAUUUGUACCUUUUAAUAUAGCAUCAUUAUGGCAUGAAUGGAGUAAUAAAUAUAAAUAUAAAAUUAAUAAUGACAAAACUUUGCAGUACGACAAUUAUCUAUGUCAAAAAGUUGAUUUAAGAAUUAAUUCCAUAAUUAUAAACAAAUUUUAUAAACUAGGAUUUCAGUAUGAUCAAAAUAUCCAACAAGUUGGUAUACCUUUACCAGAUGAAUAUUGUACUGACGAUUUAAAAUUGUUCACAAAACCCAAUAAAAUUUCUGAAACAAUUCAAAACGAAUCGCGUACAAAAGAAUCGAAUAUUAUAUCUGGCACCAAUGAAGAACCACAGCUUAUCGAUUUUCUUGGACAAGGAUUAAAUCCAGAUAUUUCAGAGCCAAUGGAAACUGACGAAAAUAGGGAGAUGUAUAUCAAGUUCCUUUAAUUGAUAAUUUUAUGUGUAAUUGUCAAUUUAUUAAAUUAUGAUUAUAUAAUUAUUUUCAAUUGAAUGUAUUAAUAAAUCAAUUUGUUAACUGGGGUGUCUA